UCUCUCUCCCGGACUCACGUUCGCCGAGCCUAUACAUUAUUGACAAUUUUCUGAGAUAUUAUCCGUAAAAACGCAUACUGCCGACUAUACUGCCCCAAAAUAUCAAACACUAAGUGAUAAAGUGGUAAAUUAUAUAAAGAACAAUGCAUAUUGUGCAACUAGAAAUGUAAAUUGUAAACACAGUUCGGUGCCGCUAAAGGAUUACGUUAAUUAACAUAAUAACACUGAUAUAAUACCGGAGUUCAACCUAUUGUGCAAAGUGAAGUUACAACAUUGUUACAUUUUAGACAUCGAUUCAUCAGUGUAUAAAGAAUAAUAAAUAUUUAAGUGAGAAAUAUGCCGACAAAUAUACAAGAAAAUAUCGCUCUAUUAAAUAUGAUGUCGUCAGAUAACCUUGAAGACGAUUUGAAGAGUAUACAGCUCCAUUAUCCCUCGGAACGACGAUUGCAAAGUGAUGGCGCAUGCGUAGAGGAGAGGGUGAGAACGUCUCGUGGGGACAUUUUAGUGGCGGUCCGAGGGGACCGUAGCAAGCGCGCCAUACUUACGUACCAUGACCUUGGCCUCAAUUAUGCCGCGAACUUUCAGGCAUUCUUUAACUUUGUCGACAUGAGAGCAAUUUUAGACAAAUUUUGUAUUUACCAUGUCAAUGCUCCAGGUCAAGAGGAAGGCGCUCCCGCAUUGCCUGAAGACUUUACUUAUCCAACAAUGGACGCUUUGGCAUCCCAAAUAGAUUUCAUCCUUGGUCAUUUUGGUAUAAGAUCUUUUAUUGGAUUCGGAGUGGGUGCAGGCGCUAACAUUUUGGCCCGUUAUGCGAUUGCUAACCCUCAAAAAGUAGAUGCUUUAGUAUUGAUCAAUUGUACAUCUACUCAGGCUGGAUGGACUGAAUGGCUUUAUCAGAAAAUUAAUACGCGACAGCUUCGUUCCAGUGGGAUGACUCAGGGCGCUCUCGACUAUCUUAUGUGGCAUCACUUCGGCCGUAGCACUGAAGAUCGCAAUCAUGAUCUUGCACAAGUUUAUAAAGAUUGUUUUUCUCACGUAAAUCCAGUUAACUUGUCUAUGUUUAUCGAUUCAUUCAUUCGCCGAAGUGAUUUGGGAAUAUCUCGGGAGAGCAAUUCGAUUAAAAUACCGGUUUUGAACGUGACAGCCGCUUUGUCGCCGCAUGUGGAUGAUACCGUAACCUUUAAUGGUCGCUUGGAUCCCACUAAGACGUCGUGGUUGAGCAUUUCUGAUUGCGGGAUGGUAUUGGAGGAACAGCCUAGUAAGAUAGCGGAGGCUUUCCGACUGUUUCUGCAGGGCGAGGGUUAUUGCAGGUAGUCACAUUGCCCAGACAACGAAUCGUGCGCAGCGCUGCUACUCAUAGAUGCACUGAUGCUUACACGCGAGCUUUAACGACACAGUUGUUUGUAGUCACGUUGAUGACGUAGAGAAAAAUGUUGUUCCUUGUUUCUAGAUAUUUAUGGAAAUAAAUUUAUUUUACGGCUUAUUUGUGUCAUUUUUAUUGU